UUCAAGCAGAGCAGCAGCGACUCCAGAUACAGAUACAGCGACAGCUAGAGAUACAAAGAUACUUUGGCGGAUCGAGACCAGGAACAGAUACACAGAGAUCCAGUCGCUAUUUCGUUUUAUAUUUUGUUACUGUGCAGUGCCAGAUCCAGUCAGUGAAAAUGCCGUUCCCCAUUCAUCCGCCCAAGCAGAUGCCGUGUCCCCACUGGCAGCACUUUCCCAUCAGUCCGGUGGACAGCAAACCGAAUCCCUUCGAUUCCAUGGGCGGAGCAGCUUCAGCGGCCACACAUUCCGGGAUGGGUGCCACCACCAAGCCACCGGAGCCGGUCUCCUAUCGCUAUUGCCUGCAGUGCAAGGCAUCCGGGAAGGAGAUGAUGGGCGGCAGCUCCUCCGACCGGGAGUAGUGACCUCCGGGUUGCCAAAAAGGUGACAUUGCGGAUAUACAUACAUAGCUGCCGUAAUCAGCAGCCACUUCAAUAGAGGACACUAGAAGCUUUCUUGCUUGGAAAUCCAAUUAAAAAGCAAGCACAACCCUUACGCAGAGGAAAUUAUUGCAAUUUUUAAGUAUCGAAAAUAAUACCCAUAUGAAGCCUUAAUUAAUUAAUUUCUUUGAACCCAAGCAAAGCUCCAGCCAUACAUAAUUUACGCAUAUAUUCUAAGAGUGAUCCCAUUCCUAUAUUUUGUACAUUUUUCUAUUCUUUAAAAUGAAAAAUUUCAUUGAGAAAAUAUGAGCAUUUAACAAACUAUUUUUAAAAUGAGAAAUGUUUAUUCAAAGAUCAAAGGUCCAUGUGUUAUACCGUAUUUUUUUCUGUGUACCUUGUGAUUAUUUAACCCUAAGCACAUGUUCCAUUUAUAUUAUAUUAUUUCUUAUAAAAUCUGUGUAAAAUGUUUAUGUUGCCAAUCAUUAAGUUAAGCAUUUCGUACGUAUUUAAUUUGUAUUUAGAGCUAAAGACUAAAGUUUUAUACAUUUCUUUUUGAUACCAAUAUAUUUGUAUAAGAAGCGCUAAUAAAAAACGCACGACGC